AUGGAUUUCGAACCGAUCGUGGAAGGUGGAACGCUGCACAAUAGCGAAAAUGAUAAAGCAUCGGGCGUCAUUAAUGAAGACGCUGCGGGUCGCGAUGUGGAACAAGUGCUAACUAUAGACAGUGGAAUGAGUGAGACCUGCAUAAAUAAAGACAGCUGUCCCGAAACAGUCCCUUCGCUUUAUAAGGAACAAGUGCAAAAUAUAAUGGCGACCCUCAUCAAAGCGUGUGGCAGAGAACGGUCCUUUAUAGAUAAGACGCGAAUACUUUUUAUAAUACUUUAUUCAGAGCUCGGAGAUUUGUUCAGUGACAGAGUAAUCGGUGGUGUCAGAGCUAACUGUAAACGUGGCCUCAGUGGGGGGCGAUGGGCGGAGCGACCGGGCGGGGCGCAGGGUGCUGAGGUGCCGUCCUCGCCCACUGGAGCCUUCAGUCGUGUCCACAUCACCGUACAAGACGCGCGCACCAACUCUCCAAAGAACCUCCAGAGAGGCCCAUAA